AUGCCUUUCCCCUUUGUCCUUCCAACCACUUCAUCCUUUUCCUUUUCUGCCUCCUUUAGAUGCGACUCCCACCCCUCGCUGCCCCUCACUGCCAGCACAUAUCGCGGGGUAGUCCGUGAUGCCCUCAAGAAGCACAAACGCCUGCCAUCCUCGGCCCAGUCCCCUCAUCUCUCUUCCGUCGUCUCUUCCUUGACCAGCUACCUUCCCUACCUGCUGGCCAUUGACGCCGGCGUCCACCAACGGGGACCCCUGUCGUCUGAAAUCAGGGUCACCCUCCAGGACACACCAGCCAUCGAAUGGCGUCCUACGCUUUCUGACACCGCAGUCCCUGGUCGCGAACCGCCCCGGGUAAAAGUCCGUCAUCUGGACCAUGAGAUCGCCUUCGCCCUGUCUACCCUGGCCGAGGCCUAUACCUUAGUCGGCCGAUCCGCCCUCCAUCCGCUCUACGUGACAUCCGCCGCCGUCCCCACCUCCGAAGAGCGAACCCUCGCUAUCCAGACGGCGACUAGACACCUCCUUGACGCCGCCUCCAUCUACGAAUACCUAGCCACCCGCGCCGACACCAACACCUCUGUUCCCUGCGCCGAUAUCGCCCCGACCACCCUGCGCGGUCUCGCCGCCCUCGCCCAUGCCGAGGCAACCCUCCUCGCCGUCCUCAAAGACGACCCCUAUCCAGCCAUCGUCUCCCAGUCCCGCAACGAGACCGACCGGGAAUGGAUGUACAAGUCCCCCGACAUCCCCAAGGUCCGCGCCCACCUGUUCGCCCGCCUCUGUCUCGCCGCCGCCGAGCACGCCGCCAAGGCCUCCUCGCUCUGCCAGACCCGCGUCCCCACAACGGGAGACGGUGGUGGUGGCCCCGGAGCGGCUGCCGCCGGAAAGGUAAACGACGCGUUACUGCGUUACCUCGAGGAUACGCGGCGGACGUGUCGCGCCCGCGCCUGCCGCUUCUUCGGCAUCGACGCCGAACUGGGCGGCCAGACCGGCACGGCGCUCGCCUGGCUUCGUGCCGGGUUGCAGGAGCUGGGCGUCGAGUCUCGCGAGGCCGCCGCCCCUCGCAAGGGUGGUCUAAGCGCCGGGUUGAGUCGCUUCAAGAAGGACUGGGCUGAGAAGCGCGAGGACAAGCGGGUCGAACGGGAGGCUGCGUGGGGCGCCGACGGCGGAAGGCUGGAAGAGACGCGGGUCAUUGAGCAUCUCGAGGCCCAAUGGACCAAGGUCAACGACAUGAUCGCUUCACAACCCAUCCCUCCAACGGGCCCGUUGAUUGCCCAGAUGCCCUCGGGUCGCGAUAUACACGUCGUCAAACCAUACCAAGUCCCCCAGCUGGAUCGGACUGUAUUAGAGGCGACGCGGGCGCCGCCGGAUAGGACCGAUGACGGUGUCGGCGUAGGGGACGGUUUGAGUUCGGACGAAGAGGCCGAAGUUGGGGAUAGGGCUAAGCAGGUGCCUGUCGGUGCAUACCCCGGUUCAAGGCCGGAUCAUGGCAGCAGGAGCUCGUAUUACUGA